ACACAUGUCAAUGUCAAAUUACCGGCCGAGUGGGCACUUUGAGCAUUUUUAGAUUUUAGAAAUUAAAACCAUCUGAAUUUCAAGUACAAAACAUUCAAAUCAUACUAAAAAUUUCCCUAGACAAAUAUAUAUAAUUCUUCAAAAUGCUAAUUAAAGUAAAGACACUUACUGGAAAAGAAAUCGAAAUAGAUAUAGAGCCCACAGACAAAGUUGAACGAAUAAAGGAGCGAGUCGAAGAAAAAGAAGGCAUCCCUCCGCAACAACAGAGGCUAAUCUUUUCUGGAAAGCAAAUGAAUGAUGAAAAAACGGCACAAGAUUAUAAAGUUCAAGGUGGUUCAGUGUUGCAUUUAGUUUUGGCGCUUCGUGGUGGCAAACCAAUCUAAUUUAUAUCGGUAUACGUAAAGUUUGCCUAGGAUAUACUUUAAAUUAUACCUUAAUAUGUACUCAUUAAGUAAAAAAUAUUGCAAUCUGAUGAAUAAAUUCUUUUAUUUUUAAGCUUAGGCUAAUUAUUUAACCAAAAUGCUUAGUUUGUGUGGUUACAAAUGUAAAUAAUUGCGUUAGCAGCUCUACCU